AUGACCCCUUAUGGGGGCAGCCAAAGUGUUAAGAAAUCAGAGAUACAGGACUGGCUACGUGCAAAAAAUAUACCUUUUGAUACGUUUAUGUUGAAAUUACAACUUCUAGAUCUUGUGAAACAACACAGAGCAAAAUAUGAUAAAUAUAUAGUGGACGAGAUGGCAAAAGCGCACAAUAAAAUGGUACUUCGUUUGCCUCCUUACCACUGUGAGCUCAACCAUUCAAAAAUAAAAUCUUGGUGUCCACGAAUUAAAUCACAAGCAUUUUCAAAGUGCACUGUUGAAGUUCUUCCAGAGUAUUUACUGCUCCAUCAUGAUACACCAACUCUUUCAAAUAGCCCCACAGAAAAAAAUUGCAAGGCGUUAAAUCCGGGGAGUGAGCAGGCCGAAAAAUGGGCCGAUUGCGCCCUAUCCAUCUAUUCGGAAACUCAUUAUUUAGAUGUUCAUGAGCAUCUCGUCUAA